AAAAAUAUCACUGGUAUGUCCUCCCUGCUCACCUUCCUGCCUACCUACACGUCCUUGAGCCUACAGACACAAAGAAGCUGCAACGGAGUAGAAAGCAGCACUCUUAGCGGAGAGGAUGUGGGUCUCAACGCUCCUCUUCGCCAGCCUCUUCUGCCACUCUGAAGCCCAGUACGGCCUCCCGGGAUCGCCAGACAUCAGGACCCCGGCAGCAGCCUUUCCACCACCACCACCACCAUCAUAUCAACCACCUGAGUGUCCUUCUGUGGGCACGCAUCACUUCCACGACGAGAGGCUCUGUGAGGCUUAUUACCUGUGCACUGGCGGCGAGAGGACUCACCUGCUGUGUCCUGAGGGAGAAGUGUACAACCUUGACACACCCACCCCUGGCAGACCGCACGCAACUUGUGUCAGCGCUGCCAACGGGACAUGCAUACUGUCAUACCCAUAUGAUGUGUUCUUUGAACCACCUGAGUGCCCUGCCCAGGGCCUCCACUACUUCCGCGAUGAGAGGAUCUGCGAUGGAUUCUACGAGUGUAUUGAUGGUGUGAGGGAACACAGACUGUGUCCAACCGGGGAGCUGUUCAGUCCCGCUGAUCCCGCCACACCCUGUGCUGACGCUGCCGACGUGGUCUGCCCAACACUACCCCCACUCGUGCCCUUGGAGGCGCCAGAGUGCGGGGGCCUGAGCUGGAAACACCUUCCUGAUCCUGACGACUGUAGCGCCUUCUUCGAGUGUCGAGGAGGCGAGGCUUCCUGGCGAAGCUGUACCGAAGAUCUACUGUACAACGCCCACAGCCCCGCCAACCGCUACCCCUGCGACUACCCCUUCAACGUGCAAUGUGGCGCUCCCCACGCCCCGCCAGUGCCUCCUCCAAGAGGACCCUUCGCUCCGGUGCCUCCGCCAAGAGGACCCUUCGGUCCGGUGCAGCCUCCAAGAGGACCCUUCGGUCCGGUGCAGCCUCCAAGAGGACCCUUCGGUCCGGUGCAGCCUCCAAGAGGACCCUUCGGUCCGGUGCCUCCGCCAAGAGCACCCUCUGGUCCGGUGCCGCCGUCGAACAACUCCACGAAGGUGUUCAACUUCUACACGUAUGUGACGCACAACUGGUAGCCUCUGGCAUUGCCGCCACUCCAGGAGAGUCUUCUUGUCGCUGGGGUGUUCUGUACACCGUGUUGUGUGGCCCGGCAUUCUGAUGUUGUCUGAGCCUGACGAGGCCAGACCUAAAUUAUUUGAGGCUGAUAAAGAAUGGUUAAUCCUUAAUGUAGAUGAAUGAGAUGUCUUUUCAACCAUCUGUUAUGUAAUUUGCUGAUGUAUGAUUAAGCGUCGCCUGCUUGUCACUCCAUGGUGUGGCUUAGACCACUUCUGUACUCUUGUAAUUAGCACACACGCAAGAU